UUGAAAAUGGUGGGAGGAUUUCUAGGGCGCCGGGUUGCUGCCGCGGAGGGGGGAUACUUCGCUAGCCGAUCGCGCGAGGCCAUCGCCAAUCUCCGCAGGAAGCAGCAAGAACAGGUAGGCAGCAGCAAGGAAUCCAAUUCCGAUGUCGCGCUGCUGUCCGAGGCCGAGAAUCAAGCCAAGGCGGACGUGCUGCCCGAAAUUCUUCAGCAUUCCAUCCCCCUAAGGCCGGGGAAGGAGGAGAUGAGCGUCGACUCGGGCUUGAGGUCGGAGAAAACCAUAGCCAGCCCAAGGAUUGACCCCGGCGACGGCUAUCUCACAGCCACUCCAAGAACAUGGGGAUUCGGGCCGCUGGAAGGAUUUAACAGGCAGCCAUCGACAGCAAACGAGACGAGAGCGGCGCCGGAGAUGAGCGCGGCUCAAGCAAAGCUCGUCGUGGAAGGCUAUCUCAUGAUUGUCAAGGCCUUCUUUAUAGGCACUGCUCUGGUUUGCGGAGGGGCUGUUUUAGGCGCUAAGAUGAUAACAACUUGUCUGGGCAUCAAAUCCAUGGAUGAUAUCCCCGUGAAAGGGCGAGAGUUUUUCCAGCCAAAAGUUGAUGGCCUGCGAGCGAUGCUGGAGCCCGCACGCCGCAAGGUCCACGGACUGCGUCAGCAUCCUGGUGAUGUAAAUGCAGCAGCAGCAGCUGGUGAGAGUAGUAUGAAUCUAGCGGAGAAUAUGCAAUAAAGAAAAAUAUAUUUUAUGAA